UCUCAGUUGAAGUCCGACUCGGAGCUAUCUGUGUCUGACCGGCCGACCGACAACAUCUUCCAACAUGGACAACGCCGACAACCUGUUUCAUCCCAGCCUGGCAGCAGCUCUGAUGAAGCUUGAUCCAGAGGAUGGCGAGAAGAUCAUGGAGUAUUUUAAAACUCACGCCCUCCUGACGAGAGAGAAAGCACUUCUGCAGUCGUCAGUUCGAGAGCAGAAAAAGCUGCUGGUGGAAAACGCCAAACUGAAGAAAGACAUCGAGCAGCUGAGAGUUCAGCUUCAGGAGAAACAGAGGAGACGCACUGCCAAAGCCUUGUUCUCGCCAGCUCCGCCUCCUUCGACUCGCAGCCCCGCCCCCGGCGCACCUUCCAAUCAAGCUCCUUCCCCUGCUGGUGCGACAGCUGCUUCUCCUCCCUCCUCUUCAUCACAUGACCGCAGAGAGAGACAGAGCAGGAGGAGGAAAGGAGAGAGGAAGGCUCGCCCUGACUCUCUCUGCCUGGGGGCGGAGCCUCAGGUCGACGUGUCACGCCUGGACCUGAGAGUCGGGCGGAUCCUCAGCGUCCGGCGCCACCCGCUGGCUGAGAUGCUCUCCGUCCAGGAGGUGGAUGUUGGAGAGAACGCCCCCCGCACGGUGGUCAGUAAGCUGCAAGGGAAAACAGACCUGGAGGAGCUCCAGGGUGGUCUUGCCGUGUUGCUAUGCAACGUCAAGGCCUGUAAACUGAGGGGCGUGGUCUCUCAGGCUCGCCUCAUGUGUUGCUCUGACUCUGAUGACCUCAUCGAGCUGCUGGCCCCGCCCACUGGAUCCGCACCAGGGGACAGAGUCACUUUCCUCAACUACCCCGGUGAGCCGGACAGAGAGCUGCAGUCCAAGCAGAGGGUUUGGGAGCUUCUUAAGCCCGACCUGCAGGUGGACUGCAAGGGCGUGGCCAACUACAAAGGCUGCGGGUUCGAGGUGAAGGGGAAGGGGCUGUGCAGGGCCCCCUCCCUCACCAACUGCAUCAUCAGAUAGACACCGCCUGUCUGCUGUAGCUUAACAACCACAGAAUCAGCUGAUGUAAAUCGCUUAGCUAAUGUAGCUAAUGUUAUUAGCUAGUGCUGUUAGCUAACUUAAGAAGAAAAAACAUGUUUCAUUUCAUUUCAGAUGUUUCAGAAUUGUUGUUUAUUGAUUAAAAACAAUCAUCUGA